UCUCCGCCUCUCUGCUGAAAAUCGUUCCACUACGUCAAGUCGUCCCGUCCGCUCGGUGAAGAUGUCUGCGACGGGUUCAGGCGGCUGCGGACCCGGACCCGGACCCACCUCGGGCACCGGCUCCGGGGCUUCAAACCCCCGAAAGUUCAGCGAGAAGAUUGCGCUGCACACCCAGCGGCAGGCCGAGGAGACAGCCGCCUUCCAGGAGGUCAUGAUGGACAUCACCUCGACUAGGCUGCAGGCCCAGAAGCUCCGUCUGGCCCGGAGUCAGGGUCCGUACUAUGGCGGCUCGCUACCCAACGUCAACCAGAUUGGCAGGAACCCGCAGGACUUCCAGGGCUCCUUCCCCUCUACUCUGGAGUCCAACCGGUCGACUCGGCAUCACGGUCUGGUGGAGCGAGUCCAGCGGGACCGCCGCUUCAUCUCGCCGGUCCGACCGUACCGCAACCGCCAAGUGGACAACCCUCUGUACAACUCGGCCUACCUGUCGCCGCCACCCGACCCCAGCUGGAGAAGGAAUUGGUCUGGAAACUUCCCCGGGGAUAAAAGCCAGUUGUUUCGUCUUCCCACCACUGCACUUAACAGGACCAACUCCGACUCGGCCCUCCACACCAGCGUGAUGAACCCACCCACAGGAGACCCCUUCACCACGGGAGGACCCACCCUCACCCCCCAGAGCUCCAGACGCACCGGUCAGAACGACGGAGAGGCCAGAAGAAUGUUUCCAUACCCAGUUCCUCCCAUCGAGGAGAACGUGUUGGAUGAGGGGAAGCUGCUCAAACCCUGGGACACCAAGAAGCUGCCUUUGUUGUCGUCACGGCCGAAGUCGUGUGAAGUUCCUGGCAUCAACAUCUUUACAUCGCCGGAACAGCCGUCCACACCGGCCCACGGCGUCCCCUCGGCCCUCAACACCGGCGGCUCGCUGCCCGACCUGUCCAGCCUCCACUUCCCGUCCCCGCUGCCCACGCCGCUAGACCAGGAUGAGCCCGGAUACCCAGGAUCCUCCUCUCUGAGCGGAGGCAGCAGCACGGGGAACCUGGCCUCCACCCUCACCCAGCUGGGCAUCAAUGCCGCUAACACACCGGGAGGCAACGGCAGCUUCCACCACCCCUCACCAGGUCUACUGGCGUCUCUACAGAGCACGCUCAGUAACCCCUCCCUGCAGUCGUCGCUAAGCAACCCCAACAUCCAGUCAUCGCUGAGCAGCCACUCCUUCUCCAACUCUCUUAGCUCCGCCUCCCUGCAUUCGUCGCUCAGCAACCCAUCGCUGCAGUCGUCCCUCAGCUCCUCCCCCUCGCUGCCGUCCUCCCUCAGCAGCCAAUCGCUGCACUCGUCCCUCAGUAACUCCUCCCUCCAGUCGGUGUCCAGCAGCAACCCGAGCUACAGCAGCGGCGUGGGCGGCUCCGGCUCCUGCUCCUCGUCCUACUCGCCGCUGCUCGGCGGGCAGGGCCAGCCGCCGCUCAGCACGUCGCCGCGGAGACGGGCCCAGCUCUCGCCGCUCAUCCUGCCCAUGGGAGGGGAGUCACGGAGGCAUCACUCCAAGCAGUUCUCCCCCACCAUCUCCCCCACCCUGUCCUCCAUCACGCAGGGCGUCCCUCUGGACACCAGCAAACUGCCUCUGGACCAGAGGCUGCCUCCGUACCCGCUCAGCCAGUCCCACCAGCACCAGCCAGGCUCCCACCAGCCUCUCCCCAGCCUGCCUGGCUCCCAGCCCGGCCAGCAGCCCCCUCUUCUGAGCCACCACCAGCAGCUGCACCGCCUCCAGCAGCCGCGACCCAACGCCCAACAGCAGCAGCAGCAACAGCAGCAGCUCCACCUGCAGAACCUGCGUAACCAGCACAUGCAGCAGCAGCAGCACUUUGGAACGCAACAGAGGCCGAUGGGGCAGCAGAUGAACACGGGGAUCAUCAAGAGUGAGAGCGCGUUGGACCAGUGCAUCCAGACGUCCUCGCUGUGCCAAGUCAAACAGGAGGCGGAGCAGCAGAGGGCCGGCGGCCUCCCACAGCACCAGCAGAUCAGCCACAACCUGGCAACAGACCUCUACAACGAUGCCUUGUUCAACUCUCUGCUGGAUGAUCCGUACCUGAGCCUGCAGCUCACAGGGAAAUCCAACCAGCAGUUCACAGUGGAGAAUCAGGGCGACGGUCUCUCCUUGAACCACGGCGGUCUGAGCUGCAGCAGCACCGACAAGAACCAGUUUCCCUCCAACAGCCAGGGCCAGCUGGAUGUGCAUGAACCCGGAGAUCAGCAGCUGCUCAACAACCAGAACCAGAACCAGAACUACAGCAGCGGCGGCGACGGUCGACAAAACGUCCCCAACAUCAUCCUCACAGGUGACUCCCCCACCGGUCUGUCCAAAGAGAUUGCCAGUGCCCUGUCCCACGUCCCCGGCUUCGAGAUGGACCCGUUCUCCCUGGACGAGCAGCUCCGGAUGGACCCUCUGUCCCUGGACAUGCUGGACGGAGACCUGAUGCUGGCCGACCCGGCCGUGGAGGACUCAUUCCGGUCCGACCGCCUCAAGUGACCCCCGGCCGAGCGGCAGGAGCUCGGUGGGACCUGGCGAAGAUGCGGCCGCCCGCUCAGAGGUGGAGGGGACGGCGCCGCUCCGCCCCGGAGCCGGCUGGUGUGCAGAGCGAGGUUUGGAGUCGCUCAAGUAUUGGAGAGGAGGACCGGAGGUUUCUGAAGUGAAGGAGGGGCAGCUUCUCCAUCGAAGGCACUUAACUAAAAAUGCUCUCGCAACGCUUGAAGAACAGACGCUUCUCUUUUAGGCAUUAGCUUGUCUGAGUCUUAUCUGCACGCCGAUGGAAAAUGCACUCGCAGGAUUAAAACGCGGUAUCGGCUUUGUGUCGUCUGUACAACCAGCAGCGCUUCAGAAGCUUUUAUGCAUCGUGAUGUCGUGUGGAACCUGCCUGCUCGUGUGAUUGGCUGGGACUGUCUCACCCCAAAGCUGCUGUUCAGCGAAUUGUAGGCUUCGCCUGCGUCAUCAGCCACUUUAAAAGGAGCUCAGCCAUCUUUAUAUACAGUUGGAAUAAGUGUCCCUGCAGAUCGACACUCUGGUCUGUUGUUUUAUGCAGAAACCAGCUGGUCGGACAUGAAGCUGCCUCUGAUCAGACACCAGUGGAGCAGAUCACUGGGAUCAUCAGACUGUCAUACAAGCAGUGAGUCACACGUGGUCACAAAUUUAGAAAAAAGCAACCAGUUUUCAAGAUGGUGUCAUAUUUUGGGAUUUUUUUUUUUAUAUCUCAGCUCCAGUGUUUAUGGUAUUAACAUUAUUUCAUACAUUUUUUACCCUUCAGAAUUUAAUUCUAGCAACAGAAAGCAUCUAAAUACUGCAAAAUGCAGGCAUAACAGUUAAGAAAAUGUCUUUAAAUUAAGAGGAGUUAUACUUUGAAUUAAGCAAGUACUUUGAAUUAUCAGAGUCUGGAUUUAAAAGAUUUUACUGUAGUUCAUUCUAAUCUCGCAAUUUUAUUCUACCAGCAUUACAAAUUCGAACAUACACAACAUGUACGCUAACAGGGAUCCACUUAAGAUCAGUUUAUCCAAGUUUAGAGCAUCCUUGUCUCUGAUCAUGUAGGAAAAUUCUUCAUGCACAUUUCGUCUGUAAUCUCUGAAAUGAUGCUGUGCGAGCAUAUGUGGGAUUAUGUAUCAGAAAUGGCACCUUUGAGUGGAAACAAGAGACAGUUUUGCUGCUUGUAUGACAGAGAUUCCUCUAAUGUUUGCAGUCUUCUGCUCCAUUAACAGCAGCUUUAAACCUUGAAAUGAUGCUGCGAUCGAAAGUGUAAAUGUGCCAUCAGAGACUGAAAGCCUUUCAGUUCCUCAGCAGGUAAAAAGAUCCAGAAAUCACAGCGAUUCUCAGUCAUAUUCGCUCAUUCCACUGGAAACACUGUCAGAUGUUCACUUUUUUACUUCCCAGAUCUAAAAGAAAACAGAUCAGAGCAGCGAACAGAGUGAAUCUGAUCGAUGCAGUUGUGUGCAAAAGUUUUUGCAAAGUGAGAACGCUUAAAAAACUGUUUUAUUUAUGAACUGAGGAGAAAAAACUUGAGUCAGAUCCAUAUUUAGCUUCUCCUCUGGAUCUCCUGGUUCUUCCAGUUCUUUCUGAGUCCGUCUGGAUGUUUGAACCUCCUGAUGCUGAGAAUCUAGAUAUUGAAAACGCUUCAGGCUCUUGCACAGAUCUGUAUAUUUAGCUCAGAGUUUAAGAGAAAUUAUGCAUUUUGUUCUUCUUCUUUAGCUCCUCUAAAACCAGCUCUGUAGUGAACCAAAGAAAAUCUCUGUGGACUCCAAGUUCACUCUCGACUUGGUCCAAAAAAACUUCAGUUAAUUUGGAGCCAGGAAAACGUUCGGACAUCAGCUCAUCUCUUGUGUUCACAAAGAUGCACAUCUGGAUUUGAUUAGUCAUCUAUAAAUUUCAGUGAUAAUUAACUUUUAUCGUGCAGCACCUUUUUGGAAACAUCAGCAAUGUUUUACAAUAAAAACACAAGAUUCAUUUAAAGUCUAUUUAAAUCUGGAUGAAUCACAAACAGAAUAAUAACUGAGGAGAGAAUGAACAACAGAUCAGAGUUAACAAGAGAAAAUAGUUUAUAAUGCUGGUUUUAAACUGAGCUGCAGGUACAGUUAGUUCAGAUUUAAUGUUCCAGCUGUGAGCAGCACUAAAACUAAAAGCAGUCGAAUAAGAAGAAUAAAUAUAUACAGAAUAAAGUCAUUUAAAUUCAUUUAAUAUUAGCUCCUUAGUAAAGCAAAGAAAAUCCUGGUGGUCCACAGUUUACUCUCCACCUUCUCCAUCUUUUUUUUUUUUUUUUUUUUUUUUUUACAGUUCGGAGAAAAACGACAACAAAUAGUAAAAAAGCACCUUUGAUUAAAAAAAAUACAAAAAAUCUACAACUUUUUGUGAAAAAAAUUAUUAUUCAUUGAUCUAAUCUGCUUCAUUUAAACUACAAACCCUAAUGUGGACGCAGAGUUCAAGCUAAUCUGUAAUUUUCACCAUUAAUUGAUUCUAAAAGAAAAAUUAUUCACAACAUCUUCGUUUUUCUGAAUAAACAACUUUUCAGCUCCUCAGUUUUGAUCCUUGGAGCAUGAAAAGAUAAAGUUCAGUCAAUAUGUCAGGAGUGAAAACUAACAGAAACUUUAUCUGCAACUGGUUUUUUUCUCAAUCAACUUUUUGUUCAAGAUUUUCUGUCUUUGCUGCCUUUCAGAAAUUCACUUCAGAUUAAUGUGGAAACACAGAGACUCGUUGUUGGCAGUGAAACGUGGAAAUCGGUUUGAUGUUUGUGCAGAAAGUGACAGAACGUGAGCAGAAGUGAAAGUGUGAAGGCUUGGAGGGAAUCGGCCAGGAAACAGAAACAAGGUUUGGAUGUCGGUGAUGAAGUUAGAACAGACUGAGGAGGGUCGAGGUGUAUCUGCUGCCUCCUGCAGGUCACUUGUGGCUGUUACAGAUUUAUUAACAAGUCAGCUUCUGUUCAGACUUUAUUUAUUAUCUGGGCCCAAAAAUGAAUUUCUCUGAAAUGCUUUUGUCUCGAAAUUUGAGAAUUUCAUGUUUUUACAAGUCACUUUGAAUGAAUUUUCAGUCAUUUUAGACUAUUUUGAAAUUAUUUUUGAUGCAGACAAUAUAGUUUCCAGCUGAUUCAAAUGACUGAAUGGAUGAGAUUUUGUUUAUUGGUUCUUGAAAAUGAAAAGAAAUGGCAAUUUUUCAAACAAGGGUGGUAUUGUUGCCCCAGAAAGUCCCUGUAAGUGUAUAUAUAUAUAUAUAUAUAUAUGAAUAUGUCCACAAUUCUACUAAAAAUACAUCCUUUGAUUGUCAUUUCACCAAAUUUUGAGGGCUCUAACAUCAGUAGGAUAUUAUUUAUGUCAAAUAUGACAGGACAAGAUUCCAGUUUUUUGAUAUGUUGACAAAAUUGUGAUGUAGACUCAUUGCUAUUACCACAAAAACUGGUGUGCAUUAAGGUCUGUAAGUUCUUGUGUGUUGAAAUUGAACAAUUUAUGAGGCUUUAUACACUUUUUGAGGGUGAAAACACAAAAAUCCAUGCAUCUAAAAACUCUCAAAAGUUCAGCCAAAAUAUUUUAGAAAACUUAGUUUUGGGUAUCAGAUUGCAAAAAAGUAAAUUCUGAAUUAAAUCUGAGACAAUGCAGCGACGUAUUUCUGUCUGAACUGACAUUGACUGACUUAAUUCAGAUUUAAAAAUGAUUCACUGUUUGAUUUUUUCAGCUUUUCUAUGCAAAGUUUACUGCCUUGACAGAGAGUCUGUCUCAGACGUGUUACUGUGAAUCAAUGCUGUUACAAGUGAAACUCAGUGUUACGGUAUUAAAUUAUGCUUCAGAUAAAUGUAUUUAUUCAGCAGAAUGUCCCUUUAAAUUCAACUCAUCAAACUGGAUUUUUUUUUGACUGGGUCUCUAGAGUGAAGGUGUAGAAGUUAACACAACCCGCAGACACACAACAGACACACUAAUGGAGCUGAAGUGAAGCAGAAUGUGCCUUUAAAUAGAACCUCAGUGCUGCAGUUUGAGAGGAAACUUUACUCCUGCAGCUGCUUUUACAUAGUAAACUGAAAAACAUGAAACACAGACGGUGGAGCAGCAGAGACGAAGCACAUUUUGAAACUUAAUACUGAAAAGUUACUGAUUGUUUUUUGAUUAUCUGGAGACAGCUGAAGCAGUUCGGCUUGUUUGUUGGCUCAGAUUCCUUCAGUUUGUUUCUACUUUUUCAGAGAGAAGCUAAUGUGACGUCGUAUUGAUCAGAAGAAACUGCGAUCAGUUAUUUCCUUUAAUAAUCGAUUGAUUGUUCAGAGUGUGAGGCGAAACGAGGAUGAGAUGAGGCAGGUUAUUGAUCAGGACUGAUCAGCUGACGGGUUCCUCAGGUGGUUAAUCGGAUCAAUCGAUUAACCAAGUCGGCUGAAUCUGUUUUCUGUGUUUGGUUGUUAAAGUAAAGUCAAUUUGGUUGAAAUUUUGUCGAUUUCCCCCCCAAAACUCUUAGAGUUCUCUCCUUUUUUAACCUCUUUUUGUUCUAUUUUUUCCCUUCUUUCAUCUGUUUUUUAACUAUUCUUACCGUCAUAAUUUAGACGUCUGCCUCGGUUUCCGAAAAAGGCAGCGUAGCCACAAAAUAAUCUUUACAAAAGCUUCCUAAAUGUGUCUCCUGGAUUCACACUUUCUGUCUUUACCAGACAUCCUGAAAUGAGCCGAAGCUGCAGCAAAAAUAAGAAUUUUCUUUGUUGCACAACUUCAUAAUGUCUAACAGAGCUGGCAGAAUGGAAAUUGUUCAAUCAAACCUGAUGUGAAGAGAAAAAAAAUCCAGUUAAAAUCCAAAAAUCUCACUUUUCAAACACAUUGCCGUCAGUGUCUGAAAGAAAUCUACUGUGAGAUUUGUUGUUUCUUUAUGGCAGCUUUUUCCUCAAGUUUUUUUCCCCAUUUAUUUCCUUCUUUGCUCUGUUCUGGGACGGUAACUACCACUGUUAUUUUUCUUCUACAUCUUGGUGUCUUUGAUCUUCACAUUUCAUUUAAUAGACGCUCUUGACGUAAGGCGAUGAUGCCACAAAAGUUCCUAAAUGUGUCUCUGAAGCACUUUUCUUUCUUUGCCACAGAGCUGGUAGAAUCAAACCGUUAAAUCUGACCAGACGUGGAGAGAAAAAUCAGAUCCAGUUUAUUCAAAUAAAGCAACCAAAGUGCUGCACAUGUUAGAAGAAAAAAUAGAAGUAACUUGGCUUAAAAGAGUAAAACAGCUGGACAGAAAACAGCUUGUAAGACAGAUUUCUAAAAUUAAACGCUUAAAUGUUCAGACCACUCAGAGCAAUCAGAGGCCACAGUUUUUGUUCAGUGUCAGAGGAGGAACGUUUGAAGGCUGAAGCUUCGAAGGAGAAAUCUGAGAUGUCGGCUGCAGUGAGUUUGAGAGAAAACGUGUUUUAUUCAAGUGUUAAUUUUCAUUUUAAGAAGCAGUUUAUUUUCACAUCUACAGGAGAGCAGAUCAAAAACAGCGGAACGGGAAGCUUCAUUUUCUGUUAGAGAAAAUCCCCAAAUUCAAGCAUCUGUGUUUUCUCCACUGAGCGUGUGUGUUACAGUGUGUGUGUGUGUGUGUGUGUGUGUUUGCGUGUGUUUGAAGCAUCUUGCUGUUAUGCAAUAAAACCAGUCGAGUUUAACCUGCAGUUCCAGACUCUGCCAGUAGGGGGAGCUGUUGACCAGCGAGAGUGUGUGUGUGCAGAUUAGGGAUCAGUUAAAGGCCAUAUUUCAUGUUUUUUUCAUAUUUUUUAUUCGUGUCUGAUAUUAAUUUCGCUCAUAUUCUUAAUGUUGUGUAUAGUUUGUCUAUUUUUGGCUCCGAGCUCUUCUGCGUCUGUCGCUUUGUAUUUGAAUAAUAAAUUUUGUUUCUAUUCAGAUUUUUAUUUGAACCUUGUAAUAACCAGGGAACGUUGCGUGUGUUGUACAUAUUAAUAUGUUUUAAAAACCAGAGGUGCUUCUGAAGCUAACAGAAGAGAUUUUUAAAGAGACUGUACCUUCACAUUAUUUUCCAGAAAAUAAACAAAUGAAACAUGGAA